UUCUACUUCCGUAGCAUUCUUUCUUAGGCAGAAUGACAAAGGUUCUUGGUCACUGGAAACUUUUCAGUAGUGAUGACCGUUGGGAUGAGUACAUGAGAACAUUAGGGAUCGGGUUUGUUUUACGUAAAGUGGGGAAUUCCAUCACGAGCUAUGAAGAGCUCAAACAAGAUGGAGACACGUGGGAACUGCUUAUCACAUCCACCUUCAAAAACGCUCAUCUCAAAUUUAAACUGGGAGAGGAAUUUGACGAAACGACGCUAGAUGGCAGAAAAUGUAAGUCAUCCUUCGUAAUAGAAGGUGAUGACUUAGUUCACUAUCAGAAAGGUUUAAAGGAAGACGAUGUAGCCUCUAAAAUCGUCCGAACACGAGUGGAUGAGGAGACGAUGACGAUUACUCUUGAAGCUAUUGGCAAGAAUGUUACUACUGUGCGUACUUUUAAACGCUACACACCAUAGGACAUUGGAAUGACCAUAUUUCCCAUAAUUUGCAUAAUAUUUUUCCUUGGGCGGUGUUUAAACGUGACGUCAUUGCAUAUUCUGGUUUUUCAUGCUCGUGGGAAUACGAUACGCUCUGUACUUUUAAUCCAUAAAAGCUGGAUAUUGAAGUCAUGACAGGAUUAGAAAUAAAUCGAUUUACAAUUGGGA